AUGUUUGUACCCGAAGAGAACUGUGAUGGAAACAGCUGGAAGGACUGGAUGAUCAUUAUUGUCAACAUAUUGGGAGUUUCAUUCAUUGAAAUCACAUUUGAUGCGUGCUAUUUGGUGGCAGUGGAAUGCUUCCCUACACCUAUACGAUCAAUUGGAAUGGGAACGUGCUCCUUGUCAGCACGACUAGGAGCACUCAUAGCACCUCAGAUGGCAUACUUGUCUACUAUCUACCAACCAGCACCUUACGCAGUCGUUGUAUGUGUGGGAUUAGUAGCUCUUGGGAUCUCAUUAGCGUUCUUGCCGGAUACAAAAGGAGUGGAUCUCGCAUGUAUUGGAAGCGAGGUGAAGAGCAGGAAAGUGCAAGGAAUACAAGUGUACAUCACUAAGCAUGACAUCGCUAAGUAA